CAACCAUCCGUUCUUUUACCAACCGUCUUCCAUUCUUUUCAGUGACCUGGUGUCCGAUCUCUUUCGUGCAUUUCCACCUGCCCCUGUUGCAUUAGUACACAUAUUAUACCACCGUCGCCACAACCACCAGGCCAAGCAUCCAGAUCCCACAACCGCCAAAAUGGUUCGCAUCAGCUUCAUCGCCGUCCUUACCAUGGCCGUCUCGGUCAUGGCCGUCGUGACGCCCAACAACGCCGGCGCCAAGAGCGUCGGCGCGGGCAAGGGGGCGCAGUUCAUCACGGGCGGCUGCGUCAACAACGCCGACUGCCAGUCCACCUGCUGCGCCGGCAACGGCGCGGGCAAGGGCGUCUGCUCCGCCGCGGUUGCCGCCAACCAGGCCGGCAAGACGGGCUGCGGCUUCGCCGAUCCCAACGCCGCCCAGACCAUCGCGGCCGCAAAGGCCCAGGUCAAGAAGCAGGGUUUCUAAGCCUGCACUCUUUCUCCCCGUCACCGUUUGAGCAUGGGUUUUUGGCGUUGGGUGCUGUUCGGAUAGUGUGUAUAGUCGUGUUUAUCUAGUAGACGCCGUCUCUCUUUCACGGGACUUGCAAUGGAAACUACGCCCCGGGUCGGAACUGCCAAACGUACUUGCCAUGAUAAACAUGGGCCAACGCUGAUCCUGUAAUUAUAAGGAACAUAAUUUUUCAAUCAACGAGGUUCAGUUCGCCGCAA